UACGAUCACAUUCAUGUAAAAGACUAAAUGCGAGGCAACAUGAAACUACGGGGCGAUAAAAUCAGACUUAUCACCCUUCUUGGGAUGAUAAUAAACCUGGUGCGGAUUUCUUCUGCUUCUGUUGUGUCAUCAGGGGACUUCAAUAAGGAUUUCUUUGUGAUGUGGUCUCCUUCCCAUGUCAAUACUUCUUCAGAUGGUAGGACGAGAAGCUUGAUACUCGACAAAGAUACAGGAGCCGGUUUUGCUUCCAAUGAGAUGUUCUUGUUCGGCCAAAUAGACAUGCAAAUAAAGUUGAUACCGGGCUAUUCAGCAGGAACAGUUCUGGCAUUUUAUCUAAGCUCUGAUCAACCAAACCGAGAUGAGAUCGACUUUGAGUUCUUGGGCAAUGUCACAGGGCAACCUUAUAUUCUCCAAACGAAUGUCUAUUCCGAUGGGUUCGACAAUCGUGAGGAGAGGAUUUACCUCUGGUUUGAUCCUACCGAGGAUUUCCAUAACUAUUCCAUAUUAUGGAACCUUCACCAAAUAGUAUUCUCGGUGGAUUCGAUCCCCAUUAGGACAUUUAGGAACCACGCAGACAAGGGAGUGGCGUUUCCCCGGUGGCAACCCAUGAGCAUCAAAGCCACCCUGUGGAACGGCGACUCAUGGGCGACCCGGGGAGGCAAGGACAAAGUUGACUGGUCCAAGAGUCCUUUCAUCGUGAGUUUUGCGAACUAUACGAUCGAUUCCUGCAUCUGGAGAGGAAACCCGAGGUUCUGUCGAUCGAAUAGUCCCGGCAACUGGUGGAAUUGGGAAGACUUCAGCUCCUUAACCCCGAUUCAGAAAAGAUGGUUUAAGUGGGUCAGGAGAUACCAUAUGAUCUAUGAUUAUUGCCAAGAUAACGAGAGAUUCCAAGGCAAUCUCCCCAAGGAAUGUUCCCUUCCUAAAUAUUAAUUGAUCAAUUUCCAAAACUUGCUACCGCUUUAGUUUUUUCUUUUCCAUAUUUAUAUAUUAUUGUGGGUUUGUAUGGAUAUAAUUGUUUUGUGAUUUGGGUUAUGAAAAAGCAUUGGAUUGAUGGAAUUCCAUCAAUGUCCAUUCUUUGAAGUAAAA